GCACACUCGAACUACGGCUCUACAACGCGCCGCCUCCUUCAACCCCAAUUUACAUACCUUUUCUCAUUAGUAGCAGAAAACACAGAAAGAGUUUUGAAAGCCAUGCCGUCAAUGGCCUCCAACAACGCUGAUCACACUGCCACAAUCAAUCAUCCCAAUGGCUCUAAACCGGACUUUAUGGCCAGGAGGCAACAAAUCGAGAAGCACAGGAAAGCUCUGCCGAUUGCUGCGGUCGAAAAGAGGCUAGUGGAGGAGGUUCGGAAUAACGAUGUUCUAAUUAUUGUUGGGGAAACUGGCAGUGGGAAGACAACACAGUUACCGCAGUAUCUAUUUAAUGGAGGGUUUUGCCGCAAUGGUGGAGUAAUUGGGGUAACUCAACCCAGACGCGUUGCUGCUGUUACAGUUGCUAAAAGGGUUGCUGAGGAAUGUGGAGUAACAUUAGGACAAAAGGUUGGAUAUGCCAUUAGAUUUGAUGAUACCACUUCUGCUUCAACAAGGAUAAAAUACAUGACAGAUGGCUUGUUACUCAGGGAAGCAUUACUGGAUCCAUAUCUCUCUAAAUAUUCAGUUAUUGUUGUGGAUGAGGCUCAUGAGAGAACAGUUCACACUGAUGUAUUACUUGGUCUAUUGAAGACCGUUCAAAAAACAAGGUCACAGGGUGUUAGUAAGACCGUUCAUAAUCAACCUAUAGAAGCUGAGAAUGGCAUAAAGUUGGAAAAAGAGAACGUGGUUGAAUCCACCAGCAUUCUGAAGCCUAAUCAAGGCAAAAAUUUAUCCCCAUUGAAGUUAAUUAUUAUGUCUGCCAGUCUGGAUGCAAAAAUCUUUUCCGAUUAUUUUGGUGGUGCUAGGGCUGUGCAUGUCCAAGGCCGACAAUAUCCUGUUGAUGUACUGUACACUCAUCAACCAGAGACUGAUUACGUAGAUGCAACAUUGAUUACUAUUUUUCAGAUACAUCUAGAGGAAGGACCAGGUGAUAUACUUGUGUUCUUGACUGGACAAGAGGAGAUUGAAUCUAUUGAAAGGCUCAUCCAGGAGCGCCUUCCAAAGUUGCCUGAGAGCAAAUGCAAGCUUCUGGUUAUUCCGAUAUUUGCAUCUCUUCCGUCAGAGAAACAAAUGAAAGUUUUCAUGCCUCCACCUAAUGGUUACCGCAAGGUAAUAUUAGCUACUAAUAUUGCUGAGACAUCAGUAACGAUACCUGGCAUCAGGUAUGUCAUUGACCCCGGAAUGGUCAAAGUACGCACAUAUGAUGCUUCUACUGGGAUUGAGCCAUUGAUCAUUGUUAAAACCUCAAAAGCUCAAGCACUUCAGCGGAGUGGUCGUGCUGGCCGAGAAGGACCUGGAAAAUGCUACCGCCUUUAUCCGGAGAAUGAAUUUUACAAACUGAAAGCUUCUACAACACCUGAAAUUAAAAGAUGCAACCUUGCAAAUGUAAUUUUGCAGCUUAAAGCUCUAGGUGUUGAUGAUAUUCUUGGUUUCGACUUCAUUGAAGAACCAGACAGGAUGGCCAUCGUCAAGUCAAUGGAGCUGUUAAUCUUGUUAGGUGCUCUUGCGGAAGGAAGUAAAUUGUCUGAUCCAGUUGGUCAUCAAAUGGCCAGGCUUCCACUGGAUCCUAUUUAUUCUAAGGCUCUUGUUGUUGCCAAUCAAUUUAACUGCUUGGAAGAAAUGUUAAUAAUUGUUGCAUUGCUCUCAGUCGAAUCCAUAUAUUAUGCUCCCCGUGAAAAGUUGGAAGAGUCACGAACUGCCUUGAGAAGCUUUUCAAGUUUAGAGGGCGAUCAUUUGACGUUACUAAAGAUAUAUCGUGCUUCUGAUGAGUUUUUGGAGAAGAGCAAGCUGGUAGGCAGUCCUGACAAGGCUGAAAAGAAACUCAGAAAAUGGUGCAAGCAGAACUUCAUCAACAGCCGCUCUUUAAAACACGCCCGUGAUAUUCAUAUUCAAAUACGAAGGAAUGUGGAGCAAAUGGGUUUUUCUGUCACUUCAUGUGGGGAUGACACUCUUCAAAUGCGCAGAUGCCUAGCUGCUUCGUUUUUCCUAAAUGCAGCUUUGAAGCAGCCUGACGGUACUUACAGGGCUUUGUCUUGUGGUCUGGCAGUGCAGAUUCAUCCUUCGUCUGUAUUAUUCCGGAUGAAGCCUGAAUGCAUAAUCUUCAAUGAAUUAGUCCGGACUAAUCAGAACUAUGUCCGGAAUGUUUCUACCAUAGACUACUUGUGGUUACCCGAGCUGGCUCCUCAAGUCUAUGCCUUACCAGAAUAGUUCUCCCAGUGAAACUCUCUGGUGCGGCAGCACCCGGUCUCUGCACACUACUGGCACGUUGAAAUGAAGGGAAUUCUUAGAAGCACAACAUCACACAGCAUAAAUGGGAGGCGAAGGCCGCCCCUUUACUCAGUAACUCAACGCAAACACAAUAGUUGCAGCUAAAGUUGAAUCAUGUCAACCAUCACCAGUAAGCAUAUAUAUGUCUUGGUGUUCUCUAGCUGGUUACCGGCGGCUGAAUUCACCCUGCCCAGAUGCAAAAAACCUCGACUAUUUGUUGUAAGAACAUGUUUUUGAUAUGACAUUGGGUAAAUAUCUUUGUACGUUUAACCACAACUAGGGCCAUUGUUUGUUCUCUUAUAAUAAUUGAAAUUCGAAGGUUGCUCUUUCUGUU